CUCACCACCUUGCGCCCAAUACCUUUUCCUCUUUGCAACCUCCUCUGAAGUCCUCGCAAUCCAGAGCUGCGCGCCCGCGAAUCCCACCACCGAUCCCUCUCAAUCGCGCUGUUUCAGCCAGACAUGGCGACGAGCCAACAUGCUGGGCCAAUGCUUCUGAGGAAGACUCGGAAGUACGGCCGGUGCGACUACGAAAGAUUCGACCACCUAUCCUCGUCGUCCGCCUGCGCCGGCUACGGAUCAAUCGGGAAGGUCAAGGUCAACUGCCGCUUCCUCUUCGCCGAGUCCCAGUGGGGGGUCCUCGGCCCGGCAGGGAACCCGGCGGGCAUCAUCUAUAUGGACCUGGACUUUGACCAGCCGCCCGACUGCCGCCUGACGUCGGCAAAGGUGCUCGUGACCCUGGAGGAGGUCCCGGACAGUCCAGAAGGGCUCAUAGGCCCGGCGUGGCGCCCCGUCAGGUUGACCGACAAUUACGGCCCGAAGCACAUCCGGGGGGAGCGGAGGGAGAUGCAGGUCAAGGAGACGCUGCACGUGAACCCGCACGCGCAGGCGUUCGGCUUCGGAGGGGGCGGGAUCGGCGUCGAGAAGCACCGGAGCAAGCUCGUGGCGGGCCGGUGGAUGUUCACGGGCCAGCUGAUCCCGGGCAAGCACAGGAACUGGGCGUUCCAGACGGUCAAGUGGGAGCUGGCCGAGAACCCGAUCGAGUCGCAGUCGUCGCACGCCAACGUCGUCCACACGGCCUUCGCCUUCGAGCACAACGGCAGGCAGUUCCACAUGACCGUCAAGGUCAAGGGCACGCUGACGGACUGGUCCGACCGCCUCAAGAAGAGGCUGAGGUUCGGCAAGGACGGGGACGCCACCACCGUCACGCUGAUCCGCUUCAACAAGCAGUACCCCUUCCAGCGCCCGCUCGACGAGCUGGCGAGCAGCCUGCCGUGGGCCAUGGAGGCGAAGAACAUGUUUGCCGUCCCCGCUGAGAUCCCCGACGCCGUCCCGGUGACCUUCCAGCAGGUUGCCCCGUCAUCGGCCCCCGCACCGAUUGGAGGUGCCCGGGCCCCAGCGUCAAUACCCGCCGGCCAGACGCAGCCCCUCCGCCCACCACCGGAGAGGUCGGAACUGGAACCCGCGGCAAAUUCAGAAAUCCCCCUCUCACCGUCGCAGGAGCCGGAAGACUUCUCGCUGGAGGACAUUGCUCGGGCAGCCGGCCUCAUCCCACAGUCGACUGCGCCUGCACCUCCCUCUCCCGCUCACCCGGAUAUCAUGGAUCACUCCGGCGCCUCCAUGUCAUCAUCGUUCACAGCAGUGGAGACGGAGGAGUCGGAGGCGGGCCAGGCCACGAGGACGAGCCCGAAGAGCAUGGAUAAGCAGGACAAGGAGCUUCUGCUGUGGUUUAUCGAGAUGCCGCUCAUCAUUGUCCUGUUGCAGUUCCUCUCGUCUGUGGUAGGGUAUCGGAGACGGUGGUUGUCGAAUGGCGAGGUGUCCGGCUCGUCGAUGUUGAAGAUGGAGGAUGCUCGUUCGGUUGAGGAGGCUGAAGCACGAAUAGGAAGGGGUCCCGAGGCAAGAGCUAUCGAGUAUAAUAACAUUGGAGGCAUCGAAAUGGUGAUUCCCGGUUUUAGGACGAGGCCGCGAGCCGGGGCGCGGCGGGCUGAGCCCGCGAUGAUUGAGAGGGAUCGAUCUAUGUCUUUGUGAGCUGCUGCCUGAUUAAUGUUCCUUCGGAGUCAUGACAAUGGAGGA